AUGUUCACAGGUACGAAGGUCCUGGAGGCCCACAAUACGAUGAUUUGCCACCUUCGCGCACCAUCGAGGAUUGUACAGGAUUACAUACGAGGGGCAAAUGAGGCCUUCUUUGCGCCGCGAGGCCUCACCGUCUCAUUCCGCAGCGAACCUGUGCUUCUCGAUUCCUUGCCCAUCCCAGCGGGCAGACGAGCUGCCAUCCUCGCCGAUUUCCUGGAAGUGACUCGGGGUGCUGAGUGGCGCGCAAAACAACUAUAUCCCUGGAUUGAGGCUCUUCAUGCUAAUGUGGAUGGUAUCACGACCCCGAGUGAGCGUGUACUCAGGUUGCACGAGACUGGCGUGCGUUACGCAAGUCAGAGAACACAAUCAGACCCACCUAGUCACAACGAUGACGACGACUACCCAGUUGAGAAGUUGCACAUAUACCAUUCGGAAGAGGAUGAAGACCCGCCACACUCUAUACCUGGACCUUCAGAGGAAACGCGCCACGGUUCUGGCCACCGUGGACGAGACCAUCAUCAUCAUCAUCCUCGAGGUCAACAAGGAGGUCACUGGUCGCCAUUUGGCAUGCCAGGUCAUGGACCCUUUGGUGCACCCGGAAGAGGACCUUUCGGCCCUCCUGGUAAUGGGUCCUUUGGUCCUGGUCGAGGACCAUUCGGCAGGCGUGGCCGUGGCUAUGCUGGCUGUCGUGGUCCAGCAGGUCCCUUCCAACAGACAGAUCCUUGGCGUGGCAAUGAGUGGGCUGAGGUGGGCAAAGAACUUGGAAAGAUUGGCGAGCAAUUUGGAAAAUCGAUGGGUAAUUGGGGCAUUGAAUUUGGAAAGCGUGCCAAUUCUUGGGGUCUGGAUGUAGGGAAGAUGGCCAGCGGAAGUGGUUCGCAACAACGAGGUGCACCUGGACCGGCAUAUGAGCAAGUACAUGACGACCUACCGCCGUCGUAUGACUCUCCUCCUGGCCAACAGUCUGGUGUCUUUCACGGAGAUCGGAAAGUUGAUCCCGAUUCUUCUACCUCGACGGCAGAAAAGGGCAAGAGUAAGGAAAAAGACUUGGCCAUGGACGACGAUUCCGACACUUCAUCAAUCUCAUCUGAUACAUCCGACUCCUCCGAUUCAGACUCUGACUCCGACUCCGACAUCCCCGACACAGAUGCCAUCUUCGCCACCCGCCUUCGCACCAUCAACGCCGAAGCCACCGCCGCCACCCGAAAAGGCAAAAAGAGCGCCUCGGAAAUCUCCCGCGAGCGCGCCCUUGCCAUUGAGAAAGCGGAAACCGAAAAAGAAAACACAGAUCUCAAAAUCGCAAGUAGGAUCUCGAAACGUGCUGCAACCCGCGAUCUAAAGCAACGCCGUCGCGAGCUAAAGCGCCAACACAAGCAGAAGAAGCGCGAGCUGCGUGCUGUGCAUGAUAGGAAGGGGAAGGGGAAAGCGAGAAAGAGCAGGGAGUGGAAGGAGGCGAAGAAGGAAUUCAAGGAGAAGAAGAAGGAGCUUAAGAGGGAGAGGAUGGCUGUUAGGAGACAGUGGCGUGAGGGUCGGGAUAGCGACGCAAACAGAUGGGCUUCUUUUCCAGUUUCCCUUGUGUUCCCUCACUGCUCAGGCAUGCCGUUGGCGGUGGCGGUUUCGUACAAUGACGUCGCUAUGCGCUCCUCCGCGGAGCCUCUUACCAACAAACGAACUCACCACCGGGGCAACACAACUCCGCAGAACUCACCGAGCAGCAUGACAACCAUUAAUCCUAAGAAAGAGUUCGUUCAAAUCGAUGAGUUAGACAUAGGACUUGAAAGAUCACAAAUCACCAGUCAAGGCCAGAUCGAGCUCCCUGAAAGGAGAUCAACGAGCAGCAGCAGCGACUUCGACGGUGUUCAGCCUGAUACUCAAUCAUCUACUCACCAGCUACUAAACAAAGUAAAGCGGAAGAAACGUCAUGCCACCAUCAAGAUCAGAGAAGCACUUCACAUUGCAAAGCCCGCAGAUGAUGCCAAGAAACUGGAACCGGAAGCGUUGGUACUUGCUGAUACAGCCGCGGUUGGAGAGUCGAAUUCUCGACUUGAUGAUAAGUCGACUGCGCCAGAGAAACAUGGUGUUAAGGAUGUCUUAAGGUAUCCGAUUGAUACUGUGAAGAAGAUGGGAUGGUCUCGGGGCAACCAAGAGCUGGCAGAUAACAUAGCAGUUUCAGAAAUGCCACAUGGCCAGGAGGUUGACUUGGUCCAGGCGGCGACCACCGCAUCCCAAGCUCAAACAGAAGAGGGGAAGCAGCAAGCCAAAGAAACGCUUUCCGAAAUGUUAAGACAGCGACAAAACACCUACGUCCGCUGGUCUCUCGACCGACAUGUCACCAAACUCCGCGUCCUACCACGAAACACAAUAAAGCUCAAACCGCGCUCAGACUUCACCACCACAGACAGCCAAGGAACCACGACCAUCGACUGGAAAAACUACACCACCCACCUCCUAGACUACUACGCCCACCAAUACGGUGGCCAAUACAUCGGCUCCAGCUCGUCCCCACCAAUCCCCUCCAAAGAAACAAUAAUGCCCAACCUCGAGCGCCUCAUCGUCGCCACCUCGCCCUUUCAAGAAUUCCUCAUGACAACCCGCCGCGUCUACCUCUGGCAACAUCCCCGCGAAACAGCAAAAUACCUCGUCAUCUACUCCACACUAUGGUAUCUCGACCUCCUCCUGCCUGGCGUUCUCUCAGCCAUCUUGUAUCUGGUGGCUCAACGCCGCUGGCACACGCAAACAAUGCACGAUCUCCGCGACGAUAUCCAACACCGAGAAAACACACACCGCACCGCCCUCUCCCUGACCGAGUUUAUAGAAAAACGCGGCAACACAAACUGGGCCCACGACCUGUUACAAGAAAUCGGCCCUUGGCUCAUGAUCCAACUCGCCGAUUUGGCAAAUUUCUUCGAAACCGUGCGGAACUUUUACGAGUGGCGGAAACCUUUGCGGACGUUUUCUGUGCUCGUGAUGCUGGCUUUGGGUAUCUUGGCUACGGUGUUGGUGCCACUGGGGGUGCUGGUCAAGACGGCGACGGCGAUGGGGGGCGUGGCGUUUUUUGGGUUGUUUCCAGUUGGGGUGAAUUUUCAGGAGUACAGGUUGUUGGUUUCGCCGGUGAAGAGGCUGUUGUGGAAUGUUCCGACGCAUGCGGAGUGGGCGGUGAGGUUUGUGCAGGCGGAGGGGGUGAGGGUGUUGGUGGAUUGGGAACAGGAACAACGGCGGUGUGAGCAGGAUGAGCAGAAGGAGUCUGCUACAUCUACCAAACCUGACACUAGGGAUUUCGCGUCGUACCCAGCACACUUCCAAAAGACAGCAGGAUGUCUCAUUAUCAGCGCAAUGGGCAUACGUUUCCAAACCACACACUCACCACACGUCGUCCUCUUUGCCCUGCCUUACGACAAGCUUUGUAACCUGGAGAAGCAGAACCGGCAUGUGGAGAAAGUGGCGAAGAUACUAAAGGCAUACGAGAAAGAUCUCAGGCUGGUGGAUGAAGAGGGUAGGGAGUGGGUGGUGCAGGGCAUGGAGAAGAGAGAUGAGGUUUUUAGCCAGAUUGUGGGGUUUAGUCGGAAGGAGUGGCAGGUUGUGUGGUAG